CCAUUUCCCAGUAUUAAUUAAGAUCCGCCUACUUGGAUUACCAAAUUAAAUAAUCAACUUUCUUUUACAUUUGAAAAUGUAUAGACUUGUUUAAUUCUUGACUAUUGAUAUGUCUUUCAUGGACAAAGCAAGUUGCAGAGAAAAUUUAAUGGAGACAAGUCAACUCUCUUUGUCAUUGGCUUUCUUUUCUUCUGGAAAGGUUCUCGUGAAGCCAACCCGUUCACACCCACCACCUGUUUGAUAUAAUUCCACACUCAGUUCUUUUCACAAUCUCAAAACUGAUUCUUCAUCAAACAAAUUAAACCCCACACAGUCUCCCUCCUUGUCUUCUCAUUUACAGGCAAACCAGCGACUUAUAUAUUAUAUAUCAAAAGGGAAAACGAGGAGAUUGAAAUGAGUUCUUGUUUCUGUGUUUGGUCGAAAACAGAAAGCUCUGAACUUGACUGUAAAAAGGUUUUAUCCGCUGCAACAGUACUACAUAGCCCUCGGAGCCAAGCUGAGAUAUUAAAGUCACCAAAUUUGAAGUCGUUUAGUUUCAAUGUGCUUAGAACAUCCACCAGAAACUUCCGUCCUGAUAGUGUAUUGGGAGAAGGUGGUUUCGGUUUAGUUUUCAAGGGUUGGAUAGAUGAACACUCGCUUUCAGCUGCUAAGCCUGGAACUGGCACUGUUAUUGCUGUCAAACGAUUAAAUCAAGAAGGCCUUCAAGGUCACCAAGAAUGGUUGGCAGAAAUCAACUAUUUGGGGCAGCUACAUCAUCCAAAUCUUGUACAACUAAUCGGUUACUGCUUAGAGGAUGACCAAAGACUUCUUGUAUACGAGUUCAUGUCUCGAGGCAGCUUGGAAAACCAUCUUUUCAGAAGGAGUUCUUACUUUCAACCUCUCUCAUGGAACCUCCGAUUGAAGGUUGCUCUUGGUGCUGCGAAAGGGCUUGCAUACCUUCAUAGUCCAGAUGCAAAAGUGAUAUAUCGCGAUUUCAAAUGUUCCAAUAUCUUGAUUGAUUCUAACUACAACGCAAAACUUUCGGAUUUCGGGUUGGCAAAAGACGGGCCAAUCGAUGGGAAAAGUCAUGUGUCUACAAGGGUCAUGGGGACUUACGGAUAUGCAGCUCCAGAGUACAUGGCUACAGGUCACUUGACUGAGAGAAGCGAUAUCUACAGUUUUGGGGUGGUUCUUCUUGAAAUUUUGACGGGAAGACGAUGCAUAGACAAGAAUCGUCCAUCUAAUGAACAAAUACUCGUGGAUUUUGUUAAGCCUUAUUUGAUCAGCAAACGAAGGAUUCUUCAAAUCAUUGAUCAGCGGAUCGACGGUCAGUAUUCUUCGGAUGUUGCCAUGAGAGCUGCAAUUCUUGCAAUGAAGUGUCUUGCGAGAGAACCUAAGUACAGGCCGAGUGCUGCGGAGUUGGUGAAAACGUUGGAACACCUUCAGGAAUUGCAGAAAGCGUCGGAGAAUUGUAGAAAAGAAUCGGUUCGGAAACAGAUCGGCAACAAAAAUUCUGGUUGCCGGCGACCGGUGGCUUCUAAUGGAGGUAGGGUUUAAAAAAGGGAGUGCAUGCAGACUGCAGAGUCCUUGUAUAGUCGUUAACGUAUAACUUGGAAAGUGUAACAAAGAAGAACAAAUGAUGUAAAUAAUUUGAAUGUUUUUAGCUCUUGAAAUGGGGGGUUGGGGGUAAAGGCAUCCAUUAUCGUCUUUAAGAUCUUAAAUUUGAUUGUCACUGUUGUCACCGCCACCACCGUCCGCCACCAUAGUACUGCCGCUGGACUCAGGAUGUGCUUUUGGGCAUGAUGCCAGAGCAAGAUGCCAUUGAGAACGAGGGUUUCUAUUGUGCUGAAAUAUUUUUAGCAUCACUUAUCAAAUAUAUAUCUUUGAUCAAAGUUAUUAAAUUAAAAUUUUAAAGUUUGUUUAUAGAA